UUUCUGCCAAAUUUCACUUUUUUCUCUCUGUAUCUUUCAUCAAGCCUCAUUUCCACACACGGACAGUAAUCAGCAACAGCGGGACACACAGGCGUCUCUCUAUAAUGGAUGUUCUUGGGCCCUCCAUACUAAGGGACGACCCCCAUUUCAUGGGCGAGCCGGAGGUGCAGAUCUUUGAGCAGCCCAAACAGAGGGGCAUGAGGUUCAGGUACAGAGUGGAAGGUCGCUCUGCUGGAAGUAUCCCCGGAGAGAGGAGCUCAGACAACAACCGCACCUACCCCAGUAUACAGAUCCUGAACUACUGCGGUAAAGGGAAGGUGCGCGUGUCUCUGGUGUCGAAGAGUGAGCCGUACAAACCUCACCCUCACGAUCUGGUGGGAAAAGACUGCAAAGAUGGAAUCUACGAGACCGAGUUUGGACAAGACCGGAGAGUGAUAGCUUUUCAGAACCUGGGCAUUCAGUGCGUGAGGAGACGAGAGGUGAAAGACUCCAUCGUCCAGAGGAUCACCAGAGGAAUCAACCCCUUCAACGUUCCCAGAGAGCAGCUGCUGCAGACGGAGGAGUACGACCUGAAUGUGGUGCGUCUGUGUAUCCAGGUUUAUCUGCAAGACGACAACGGACAGUACACCAGAGCUCUGAAUCCUAUCGUCACUAAUCCCAUCUAUGACAACCGAUCUCCAAACACGGCCGAGCUGAGGAUCUGCAGAGUCAACAGGAACAGUGGAAGUGUCAAAGGUCAAGACGAGAUUUUUCUCCUGUGCGACAAAGUGCAGAAAGAUGACAUCGAGGUGCGUUUCUUCGCCCCAGACGGGUGGGAGGCUAAAGGUUCCUUUUCACAGGCUGACGUUCACAGACAGGUGGCGAUAGUGUUCAAAACCCCAGCAUACUACAACCCCUCCAUCACUGAGGCGGUGCUGGUGCAGAUGCAGCUCCGGAGGCCUUCGGAUCAGGAGGUCAGCGAGCCCAUCGACUUCAGAUAUCUGCCCGACGACAAAGAUCCAUAUGGCUACAACGAGAAGAAACGCAAACGAGAAAACCUGAUGAAGUUUGCCACUCUCCAGUCACAAGUGAAUUCUUUCAGUUUGAGUAUGAACAGGCCAAUGGCAACACCUUCCAAAAAUCUACGGAAAGAUGUGGGUAACAUGUACCUCCGGCAGCAGAUUGCUUCAAUACAUCAGCAGCAGCAGCCUCCUGCUCCUCAGGCUCAGAUGUUCGGCUCAAACUUCCAGUCUCCUCCUCUCCAGGCCCUCCCUCCUUCCCCAUGGCCUAGCUCCAGUCCCUCCAGUAUCCCAAUCGAUUCUGUCACCGUCAACCAAGGAUCUGUAAAAAGUUCCCUGCAGCGCAAUGUACGGCCACAAGUCAACGCCCCCAACCAGAACCCCGGUCUUCCUCAGCUGUCCAUGCAAGAUUUGAAGUGCUUGGACUCACAACUUAACCAAGGUGAUUCUCAGCCUCUGUACCAUCUACCACAACGAGAUGUACUCAUGACUGAAAACCAACCUGUCAAUCAAAAUCAAGGUGUCCAGAUGCAGUGGGCGUCCCAUGGGUUUGGCAGCCCCAGUCAGAUUUCAAGCGGUUUUAACGGGGCAGUGCCAGGAGGGGGCGGUGGGGUCAAUGAUGGAGGUGGUUCAACUGGUCUUGGGUUUAACUUUUUAGAUCAAUUCGAUGGGGAAAACUUGUUACAAAAUUUAGUUGGAGGAUCACAAAGUGGAUUCGCAAUGAAGCAAGAACCGCAAAUGGUGUUAGGGCAAGAUGCGGCCAUGCACUCGCCAAGAGAGAGUAACACAUACACAACACUGCAGCCUCCUCGCUCCAGUAGUAAUGGGGCAAUGGGAGUGGAUGUUAACAGCAGCCAGCCUUUAAAACAUCGGGGAAAUCAAUAUUUAAACAGCAAUAGUGUGCAGCCAGGCACACACUAUUCAACAUUGGAAGACUGGUUAAAGUCCAGUCAUAAUAAUCAAUAACAAAGGGGUUCCAAUGAAAAUCUAUUGGUCUGAUAAUGGUACUUAUCCUAGGAUCAGAGGUGCUAUAUUGAAGGUACUAGGAGUUUUGCUAACCUUGCACAGCAAGAUUGAUUCUUGAGAUAUUUGGGAGUUGACAGACUCAUGAGAAUCCAUCUUGAAGUGUAUGGUUAAAAUUUGUCCAACAGCAGCUGAACCAAUCACGUCGCAGCAUUUAGGUUUGGGCGAAAUGCUCAAACGAACCAAAACAAACAUGGCGAUGCCAACAAAUGUUCUUCCACCUAUUUUAAUGUCAGUGCAGACUAUUUUGUUUUAGAAAAACAAGCAGAGCCUCUCCUGGAUUUAAAGUCUGAUGUUUCUACUUGUUCUGCUGUUGUGGUUUAUUGGAUUGAGAGGAGACACAUGAUUUCAUUUUAGCAAAAACAAACACAAUGUAGCAACUCGGGCUGCAGCUAAUGAUUAGCCCAGUGAUUGACUAAUCAGUGAUUCUUCAUUUGAUUAGUUGACUGGAGGCUAGAAUAUUUACCAAUAAAAUUGAUUAUGGAUAAAAAUUUCUGUAAAAUCUUUUGACAUUUUGAUUUAAUAAUGCCACUGUCUUUGUUGUAAAAGGUCUUAUGGCAUGUGUUUUAAAGUGUGUGUAGUCAAGGUAACAGUGAUGAAAAUACGAUUAUUUUAGUAAUCGACAUCGCGAUCAUUCCGAUAAUUCGUUGCAGCUCUAAUAGUAAAUGCAGCGAUUUGACCACUGAAAUAACUAGAACAGUCUGAAGAGGGAGGGGUUUAAAAACGAAUCUGGGACACCUCCAGACAUGAAGCAGCUUAGAGAGAUGAGAGAGAGACAGCGUCAGUAUGGAGGAUCAGUCAAACACGUGAAUGAAACAAAACACAGCUCCAAAGGUUUACUCUAAUAUAGGACCUUGUUAUAUAAUGAUGCCUUUGCUUCUGAUGGCCUUUACAGGCCUGUCUCAGCCCCUCACAGCACUGUGUCAUUAUUUAUUCACCUCACACUCAGUCUCACGGGCCUCGCCAAUCACCACCACUUAUACACUUUUACUAGGGCAGUGUUUCUCAAACUGUAGUACACAAGCUCUUUCAGGUGGUACCAGGACGGCUCUUCAGUUUGUGAGUUUGCCUCCUUUAGAGUUCAUUAGAUCCUUUUUCUGUCCUCAUUUUAUAAUUUCUUGUUUUGAACGACUGUGGAAAUGAUGUAAUCCGCUUCUCAACGUGGUUUAGUCCUGGAUUAGACCUGGAAUAGUCCGGUUAUAGACCUGGUUUAGAUCUGUUGGGAAGCCAAAUUAUUUCUUUGAUACUACUUGGCGUGAAAAGUUUGAGAGCCACUGUCCUGGGGCAAUGUGGGUGAAGUGUCUCGCCCGAGGACAUAACAGCAGAACUAGUUUGUAGUGGGAAUCGAUCCUCCGUCCUCCGUGUUGGUGGACAAGUGCUCUGAUCACUGACGAUGGUGUUUGAGUGUUUGAAUCUCAGUGAUAAGAUUGUCCUACUUUCUCCCAGUGGGCGCCUGCAAUCAGAACUUUUAAAAACAUAUCAACAUACGUCACUGGAGAAAAUGUGUUGAUUGAACAAGUGAAUGUACUACUGAUGCUCAGGUCUGACUGUGGACUGUUUUGUACUAUAGGGGGCGCUGGUGUGGAUAUAAUGAUGAUUUUUAAUGAUCUGUUUUAUUGAUUGAUUUUUUUUUUUAGUAAAGAUUUAUACACAUUUUAAUAUUUUUUGUAUUUUAUGUGAUGCACUCUUAAGCCGUAUUUCAGAGGUGGGCAAGAUCAGUUGUUUUAGCAAAUCACAAAAAUUGCCAUUUAUGAAGUAGCAUAAUUUUCUCAACAAACAACUAAAUAGUUUGUCUUAUUCUGCAUAAAAACAGCUAAAUAAAAUUUCAUAUUUUUCCCAAAUCAUUCAAAAAAUUCAACCCUAAUGAACAGCAAAAAAUACCAUCACGUUAUUAAAGGUUGUAUAGAGGAUAUUCCAAGGAAAGAGAAAUACAGUGACUCCUCAGCUCCCUAAGUAGAAACGUCUCCUCCCGCCUCCUCCUUACGCUAGAAAUCACGCUCGUUUACAGCCGGUGUGCAUUCAGAAUCGCCGCUGAAGUUUCCUGUCCAGAAGUCAUUUAUCGAAUGACGCAUCAGUCUUUAGACCCUUCGUCUGCUUCAGUCGUGCCAUCACUGGAAGGAAUCUCCAAGGAUCACCUCAGUUUGGCUUCCCUCCUUCUCCUCUUCUCUUCUUCUUUCAGCGACCUCAAAAACUGACUUUUUUUUUUUACGGUGGACUGGUCGUGGAUUCUUGUUUGCCACCGCAACAAAUUUGCUCUAACUGUGAGGGAGCUACAGUUAGAAAAACCCACUAAGAACCGCUGCGUUGGUCAAGUAAACAGUGUCUUGCGUAUGUGGAAUGCGUGAGAAGUGAAUGUAAACCACGUAAUCCCACUCAGCUACACUAGAAACGUAGGAGUUUGACUGACAACCUAACAGCCAAUAGAUAAUGAGAUAUAUAAUGAGGUAGCCUCUUUAUCUACUGGCUGAUGUUUAUCUGGCCCCAUCACAUCCACAGCUGAUUCUUUUUUUUUUUGGUCAUCAUAAUUACAAGUCUGCUGCGUCUCUAUAAUGCUAUCUUGAACAAAAAUAAAAAUCCUCCAUACAACCUUUAAAGAUGCAUUUUAACUUUUCUGUUGGAGGGUCCGUCAAACUUUUGUUAUUGCUUUGUCUGGAAUGUUUCACAGUAUGGCAUUAAACCUUUUCAUCUCUGUGGAGACCAAACCAGACCAAGUUACAGGUCAGAUCUGUGGAGAGGCGACCCCAGAAUGUUUGUUUUUCUAGGUAUUUUUAAGAUAUAAAACCAUCUGUAAUUGAAUAAAUAUGAAGUAGUUUAAUGUCAUACUGUGGAACAUUCCAAGGAUAGCAAUGGCAUCUCCAUAGAAACAAGCACACAAACAAUGCAUCUUUAAUAAUGCAACGGUAAUUUUUGUUUCCAUUAGGGGUGAAUUUUUUGAAUCAUUUUGGAAAAAUAUCUAAUUAUAUUUAGCUGUUUUUGCUGCAUUAAGAAAAAUCCAAAACUUAUAGAAAAUAUGUGUCACUUUUGCCCACCUCUGAUAGGAGUUGAAACAUUGACGCUCUGAAACGGCGUGAUUCUGAUUUCCAUUGAUAAAGUGGAGGAGGCUUUGUCUCUGUGUAGUGACUAUGUCAUAUCUACAUCACUGUUUGAGUCCUCAGUUCUAACACUCACACACAGGAAAUGUUGACCUUAAACACAUCAGCUAUGUCACCUUUACUGUUUAUAGUACAGUACCGGUCAAAAGUUUUAGAACACCACACUUUAUCCAGUUUGUUACCAUUUACUGUUGACCAUUCUAAACUUUUGAUUGAUGUGUGUAUCCAUCUUUGGCAGAUAGAACAGCUGAACACACUCGUGGCUCGUUUUACAAUAGAAAUCAAAUAUUGUGCAGAAAGUUCUUCCCAAGUCUGUUGCAGAAGUUUCCAUAAAUGUGUGGCACUUGUAGGUUGCUUCACUCUUCUGUCCAGUUCAUCCCAAACCAGCUCCAUGGGGUUUAAGUCUGGACACUGUGCUGCUGCUGGACACUCCAUGUUUUCAAGCUUGACCAUCUUGUUCUUUUUUCCUGAGGUAGUUUUGGCAGAGCUUGGACUUGUGUUUUGUAUCUUUUAUCUUUUUUUAACUUCUGUCUGUUCAGUUUUUACCUUUGCACCAUUUCAAGAUCUUCAUUGGACUUUGAAUUGCAAUAAAUAACUGGAAAAAUUAGGGUGUUCUAAAACUUUUGACCGGUAGUGUAUUUUGUUAAAUAGACGUUUAAAAGGCUUGUACUUUUUUCCCCUUGUGUAUUUGAGCAAAACUUGUCUUGCUCCAGUACAGAUGUGUUAUAUAAACAGUUCUUGGAGUAAAAAUAAGUCUGCAUCUAAUUAUAAAGCGUUUUAUUGUCCAAUGAGCAGAACGUGUGUGUUAGCAUGCCAGUUAUUGUUGUGAACUUUAUAGUCACAGCAGCAGGAUGCUCCAAGUUAAAUGGAAUAUAACUUUGGACCACAGCAAACUGGUUAAAAGCAAACCUGUUUUUCACAUUUGAAAACAGUAAAAAUCAGGUACAGCGCUUUUAAACAUCUUCAAACCAAAAUUAAUUGCUUUUGAAUCAACAUAGAAUAUUAAAAUCGAAAAACGUGACAUCAUAUAUUCAUGUAAACGUGCACUAUGGCAUACCACUUACUUGUCUCCAUGAAGAUGUUUUUGUUUUGCCUGGAAUACUCCACAGUAUGGCAAUAAACGUUUCUAUCACAAUGGAGACAUACAGUGUAGACCACAAUAGAAUACACGCAAGAUAUGUACGUUUAAAGCCAUUCUGUGGGACAUUCCAGUGCAAGGUCAACAUUUACGUUUUUGAGUGGAUAAAAACUUGUGUACAUUUAUUUCUUUGUCUGAGGAGAGGAGUAUUUUUGCUCACCUGCUGUCAUCACUUCUUACAAUAUUCAUGGAAUUUACCAGAGAUUUUGUCAUGUUUUGAUAAUGUACUUUGAAUAUUUUACAUUUUGUACUGGUUCAUUUGUUAAUAAAGACUCUUUCACACAUACAA